CACACUGAACGAGGAGAUGAGACUGAAGUUUCAUUAUUUCAGACAAAUGUCAAAUUGAAGGUUUUUUCUGUCUACUAUAUAUAUAUAUAUUACACCUCAGUAUCGCUAGUCUGUAUAACCACUGCGGAAAGUGUUCCGGCGCCGCCGUUGGCCGUCUGUUAAUUAUCCCCUUCUUCUUCUUCUUCUUCUUCACCGGCAAAACCAUGGGCUCGUUAGCAACCGCCGAAAUUUGCGAUUCAAGCAUACCGCUCAUAGCAAACGGCGAUGUUCGGGUACUCUCGCCCAUAUUCAAGAUCUACGGGCAGAGCCGGGCCUUCUCCGGCCCGAUCGCCACCGUGAAGGUGUUCGAGGACAACGUGCUGGUUCGGGAGCUUCUGGAAACGAAAGGCGAGGGCAGGGUUCUGGUGGUUGACGGCGGAGGGAGCAUGCGGUGCGCCCUCGUUGGCGGGAAUUUGUGCCAGCUGGCACUGAACAUGGGCUGGGCGGGGAUAGUUGUGAACGGCGUGAUAAGAGAUGUGGAUGAGAUCAACGGCUGUGAUAUCGGGGUGAGGGCUUUGGCUUCGCACCCACAGAAAUCGAACAAGAAGGGGCUCGGUGAGAAGCACGCGCCUGUUCAUAUCGGUGGGACUGUGAUUCAUGAUGGCGAGUGGCUGUACGCGGAUAGCGAUGGUAUUCUCAUUUCCAAAACUGAGCUCUCUGUUUGAUAAGGUUUUCUUUUUUUUUUUUCCGGUAAUUAAUUACUGGAACUAUUAUAAUUUGCACUGCAGAUAAUAAUUUGUAGUGCGUAGAAUAAAACGAUGUCGUUUGGGGUUUCUUAUAUCCUGGUUUAGUGGUGUAAUCAUGCUUUAAGUUACUUUUAAGGCUAAUCACAAAUUAAUGUCUUUACAU